AUGAGUCUUGCUAACAUCGUGGAUUGCCAUAUUCAACCAGACUUUGCAGAAUGUAUCCAAGACGUCCAGAGCGGUGCAUUGGCGGAAGAGACGUUCUACAUCAACGUAGAACCAUCCGCGUAUAAAGUAGACGAGCAUCGCGUCAAAGUGACGAAUCAAGCAUCCUGUGUGAAAUAUGAUGCUGGGGAAGCUAAUUUGUUCGAACAGACCGACUCGUUCAGCUUCAGGGCUCGCCUUGAUGGGCAGAUUUACAAAUUCAAAAAGCCCAUCCGUGACUUUAGCCUUCAGCCUGAGACCACAUUGACGCCGAAUAUCACAAGCGUGGGGUCUUACGAGAGUUUCGAAAGCCCCAAAUAUGCUCUUGGUGAGGCGUCUGGUAAAAUUACAAUUUUCAAUGACCGAAAGGCGCAAGAUCUUACGCUAGAGGGCCACGAUUCAGAUGUCACAACUGUUCGCUUUUUCCCCAGCGGACAAGUUCUGCUAAGCGGUUCUGCCGACAUGCGACUCAAAAUUUGGUCAACUCUUGAUGGGAGCAACCCCCGUACACUAACAGGUCAUACAGGCCCAGUUACCGCUUCAGCUAUAAUCGAUCGUGGUAGAAACGUUCUGUCGUCGUCAAGAGAUGGCACCGUUAAGCUUUGGGAAUGUGGCUCCGGAGACGCUAUUCAUACUUUUACGAGGCGCUCAAACCCCAAAGACGCUAUCAACACCAUGAUUUUGGUGCAAGUGGAGCCAGAACUCAAUACGCAAACAAAUAAGUCAGAAUACGGCACUGCCGGCAAGACAUUUCUGGCUGGACAUGAUUCAGGCACAAUUUCUUACCAUAACAUCUAUUCAAAAGACUCAAUGCUUGAAAUCCCCAAUCAGUUUUUGGCUCCUUGUCGUACUAUUGCAACUAAUGACCCCCAGCAGAACUCAUUUACAAUUUACGCGGGUUACGAAAAUGGGAUCUUGGCACAGUGGGACGUGAGAAAUCCUUCCAAAGCAGUGACCUUCAAUUCUUGGAAUAAGGGAUCGGCGAUUACAGCUAUGCACUACCAGACAGGUCGCUUAUUUGCAUCAUAUGAAGCAGAUUCUGCCAUUUAUUUUGACGUAGACUCGAAUUCGAAAUCGUUCAGCAGCCCAACAUAUUUGGUGUCUAAAGAUUUUCGCAUCGCAGCAUUUGCAUGUUCUGGUGAACAGGAUGGGACCAUCGCGGCUGGUGAAGAGGGUUUGUGUGCCUUGUAUUAA